AUGAUUGCAGCUCCAAUUCGAAGUGGCAGCAGCGGCACGAUGCUGCGCGCUGGCGCUGGCGCUGUCGCUGUCGCUACCUCCCGCAACGCCAUCUCAGCCGCACAGCCAGUCUGUGCUGUGCGCACAGCUCCGCGAUCGGCAUGGCAGACCUCUUCGCGCUGCAUGGCCACCAUGCCCCUCACCUCUGCUCCUACAUCCGCCUUUGCAAAGGAGCCCGUCAAUGGCAAGUACACUGUCAGCUUCAUUCGAGGUGACGGCAUCGGCAUCGAGAUCUCGGAAGCUGUGGAUGACAUCUACAAGGCUGCUGGUGUACCCAUCAUCUGGGAAAAUGUCAGCGUAGCGCCGUACAUCAACAAGCAAGGAAAGCAGAGCAUCCCAGACGAGGCCAUCGAGAGCAUCAGAAAGAACACUGUCGCUUUGAAAGGUGAGUCAGUCGCCUUUGCAGUGAGGCGUGCGCCCGUGCACACGCACACGCACACGCACACGCACUCACCCUGGCUCUCGUUUCUCUCUCUCUCUCCUCGCAGGGCCCCUGGCCACUCCCAUCGGCAAAGGUCACGUCUCCCUGAACUUGACUCUGCGCCGAACCUUUUCCCUUUUUGCCAAUGUCAGACCUUGCAAGUCUCUGGAAGGCUACAAGACGCCAUACGACAACGUGGACACGGUGCUGAUCAGAGAGAAUACGGAGGGAGAGUACUCGGGCAUCGAGCACGAGGUGGUGGAUGGUGUUGUGCAAAGCAUCAAGCUCAUCACUCUCGAGGCUAGCGAGCGCGUAGCGAGGUACGCCUUUCAUCACGCAGAGCAAAACAAGAGGAACCGUGUCACCGCGGUCCACAAGGCCAACAUCAUGUAAGUGCGAGCGAGGGCGGCAAUCAGGUCGCAGGCGUCAUUCGAGGGGCGCACUGCGAAAAUGAGGGGCUCACCUUUUCUGCCCCUUGAUGGCACACGCGCAGGAAAAUGUCGGACGGAAUGUUCCUGCACGCUUGCCGUCAAGUGGCCAAGGAGUACCCGAACAUCCAAUAUGACGAGGAUCUCCUGGACAGAGCCUGCUUGCGUAUCGUGCAAGAUCCUGCUCCUUAUGCUGAUCGGGUGAUGGUGAUGCCCAAUCUGUAUGGAGACAUCUUGUCCGACAUGUGCGCCGGCCUGAUCGGUGGUCUGGGUCUCACACCUUCUGGAAACAUUGGAAAGGACGCUUCCAUCUUUGAAGCUGUGCAUGGCUCCGGUCCUGAUAUCGCUGGUCAGAACAAGGCCAACCCAACCGCGUUGCUCCUCUCUUCGUGAGUUUGCGCCGCUGGUGCAUCGCCCGCCCGAACGCACACACUGACUCGCCUGAUCGCAUUCCCUUUUGCUCUCUUCGCACAUCCCACACAGGAUCAUGAGUGAGCCAUCUUGAGACAGCCUAUACGAUGUCGCGCAAGCUCAGCAGCUGACGCAUCCCGCCUCUCGCUCUGCAGUGCUCCGUCAUAUGCGUCUCUUUGAGCACGCAGACAAGAUCGAGAGCGCCAUCUUUAGAGCCAUCGCAGAGGGCGACCGUGAGUUUGCGCCGCUGGUGCCACCGCCGCCCGAACGCACACUGAUUCGCCUGGGCGAUGUAUUCCCUUUGCGAAACAGGAACGGGAGACCUGGGCGGCAAGUUGGGCACUCGCGAAUUCACAAAGGCUGUCAUCAAGCGCCUGUGA